AUGGCCGUGGCUGCGCCGUACCCCAGCCCUAUGGUGGUGGCUGUGUGGGAAUGGCAAGACGAGCUUGGCACCUGGCACCCCUACAGUGCUACUGUAUGUAACUACAUAGAGCAGCAGUUUAUGAACCAAAAGGGUCAGCGAUUCGGAUUGGGAAGUUUGUCUAGCAGUAUUCCCUUGGGCCAAGCUGACCCCACACUGGCCCCUUACAUCAUCGACCUCCCCAGUUGGACCCAGUUUCGCCAGGACACAGGGACCAUGCGCUCCGUGCGGCGCCAUCUCUACCCGCAGCACUCGGCCCCGGGCAGGGGCAUCGUCUGGGAGUGGCUGAACGACGACAGCUCCUGGACCGCCUACGAGAUGAGCGUCUGCGAGUACCUGGAGCAGCAGUUUUCCCGGGCGACCCAGCGCGUCGACCUGUCUCCUCUGGGCUACAACUACGAAGUGGACUGUGCCACGUAUACUCAGGUUAACAAGACGUCCAGCUACCGCCGCCGCGUGCAGCGCCGCCAGGGGCCGCCCUACCCCGUGACGGCCGUCAUCGCCGUGCCUGGCCACACGGGGAUGGCCUGCUCGUGCCACCAGUGCCUAGCCAACAGCGGGUCUGGCCCGGUCAACAACCGCUACAGACACUCCAUGACCCACCUCCCCGCGUACGUCCCGCCUCAGCCCGCCCACCGGACUGCCCCCGUGGGCACGUACACGGGCUACGCGCCCUACAGCAAGCCUUCCCUGUCCGGCGCCAGGUCCGCUCCGAGGCUCAACGUGGCCAACCCCUGGAGCAUGGUGGCCCCCGUCAUGGGGGUGGUCCCCGUCUACCCCUCCAGCCUUCCUCAUCUCGUACCUCAGCGCCCGCCCCCCGGACCCACCGCGGCGAAGAUCAGUAGUUCAUUCCCCGGCCUUCCUGUGAAUGUCCCCACCAGCGUCCCCAACAACAUUUCCUCGAGUGCCCCUGCUAUCGUCCCCAAUGUGCCUGUGCAGAUGCCGAAGCCAAGCAAGGUCCAGCAGGCUCUAGCAGGCAUGACGAGUAUUCUGAUGUCAGCCAUUGGACUCCCUGUGUGUCUUACUCGUGCACCACAGCCUGCCAGCCCUCCUGCCUCCUGUAUGCCCACUAAAAAUCACAGCUCAGUUAAGAGACUGAGGAAAAUGUCCAUGAAAGAUGCAGAAUCCCGGGAGCCUGAGCAUGUGCUUCAGACCUACUCUGAGGAGCUGAAGACCCCGCCUGACGAGGACUGCAUCAUUUGUAUGGAGAAACUAUCCACCACCUCUGGGUACAGUGACGUGAUCGAGAGCAAGAAAAUUGGCCCCGACACCGUGGGGAGGCUCGUCAAGUGCAGCCAUGCCUUCCAUCUGCUCUGCGUGCUGGCCAUGUACCGGACUGGCAACAAGGACGGAAGCCUUCAGUGCCCUUCCUGUAAAACUAUCUAUGGGGAGAAAACUGGAACUCAGCCCAAAGGAAAGAUGGAGUUUGCCAUCUUCAAGGCCUCCCUUCCUGGGCAUGAAGACUGUGGGACAAUUGAGAUCAUUUACAACAUCCCUCGAGGAAUUCAGGGUCCAGAGCAUCCGAAUCCAGGAAAGCCGUUCACAGCCAGGGGGUUUCCCCGUCACUGCUAUCUCCCUGAUAAUGCCCAGGGCCGAAAGGUUUUGGAACUCCUCAAAGUGGCCUGGAAGAGGCGCCUCAUCUUCACAGUGGGGACGUCCAGCACCACGGGGGAGACCGACACGGUGGUGUGGAAUGAGAUCCACCACAAAACCGAGAUGGGCCACAACGUGACUGGCCACGGCUACCCCGACCCCAACUACCUGGACAACGUGCUGGCUGAGCUGGCUGCCCAGGGAGUGACCGAAGACUGUCUGGACCAGUGACUGGGAUGCCCGGGAGCCCCCGGACCGAGACACCCACCCAGUGGCCAAGGCUCUCCCUCGGAGAGCCGCUCUGCCCCAGGGAAGGACCCACUCCUGCUGUCUAGCUCGCGCCGCCUUACAUCCCCAUCUCAUCCCUCAUCCCGUUUGGAGCAAUAAUGCACUGGGGGGUGGCCACUGACCACACAGCCGGUCCACAGGUCGUUUUUAUCUAAGGUCUCAAUAUUUUUCCAUGAUGUGGAUGCCGAACGCCCGGGGUAUCUCGCUACACUGGAUGCCUGGAAUUUUUUCUAGUUUGCACAUCUUGACUUAUUCUCCUCGAUCUGUCCACAGAAAAGGCCAUAAGCCUGGGUAGUCGUCUGGCGGGUCCGAAAGAUGCAGCUACCUCGAUUCCUCCAGACCCGUUCUGUCUUCGGGCUGUGAUUGGCUCCAGAUUGGUGGUGCCUGCAGAUCCAAGAUGGCGGGCAUCCUUCGAGGGGAUGACCUCUUGCCCACCCACUUUGAUGGGCUCUGGGUCAGCCCUUCCUUCAUACCUCACUGCUGGUUUUAGGAAUUUCUAUACUUUUUUUUUUCUGGCAAUAAACU